AGCACAAUGGGAAAAAAACAGAAGAAGAAAGUGGAAGAGGUCUUAGAGGAAGAGGAGGAGGAAUAUGUGGUGGAGAAGGUCCUGGAUCGGCGGGUGGUGAAGGGCAAAGUGGAAUACCUGCUGAAGUGGAAAGGCUUCUCGGAUGAAGAUAACACGUGGGAGCCAGAGGAAAACCUCGACUGCCCGGACCUCAUCGCCGAGUUCCUCCAGUCCCAGAAAACCGCACACGAGAGCGAGAAGUCUGAGGGAAGCAAACGCAAAGCGGAGUCCGACACGGAGGAUAAAGGGGAAGAGAGCAAACCAAAGAAGAAGAAGGAGGAGUCGGAGAAACCGCGAGGCUUUGCCCGAGGAUUUGAGCCGGAGCGAAUCAUUGGUGCCACGGAUUCCAGCGGGGAGCUCAUGUUCCUGAUGAAGUGGAAAAACUCCGACGAG